AUGAAUCAGGCAGUUAAUCGAAUCCUCCAGGCGAACAUAAACCACUGCGCCGGGGCUCAAGAUCUCCUCCUGCAGUCCAUGGCGCAGUGGUCGAUAGAUGUCGCUGUGGUCGCCGAGCCGUACUAUAUCCCUCCCAACCACAACUGGGCUGCAGAUGUGGACGGCUUGGUGGCCAUUAUAACAAAGGCAGGGGCAGAGGGCAUAACGCUCUUGUCGAGGGGUCAGGGUUAUGUGGCGGUUAUCUGGGGUGACAUCACCCUGAUCGGGGUAUACUUCUCCCCCAACAAAAGAGUCUCCGAGUUCGAGGCUCUCCUCGGCCACCUAGCGGCUCUCGUGGGGCAGACCCAACCGCGCCAGGUAGUCGUCGCGGGUGACUUAAAUGCCAAGUCCAUGGCUUGGGGCUGUCCCGCGACAAAUAUUCGAGGAGACCUUCUGGAGGAGUGGGCGACAAUGACCGGCAUGUCGAUUCUGAACCGAGGGUCGGCAAGCACAUGCGUGCGCUGGCAGGGUGAGUCCAUCGUGGACGCAUGGCUCGAGCCAAGCCUCGACCUCCGAAACGGCAAGUGUAUUGGUGGUCUCGAGAAAUCGCAGAACUUCGAUGCCGUGCCAACAAGGCGAGACGUCAGUACACUCGGUCCCGCCGACGAAGGAGGACCGAGACGUCGACGAGGAGUCGCGGCUGUACAGCGCAUACAGAGAGGCGGUCAAGACGCUGCAGAUUUCCAUCUGCGAAGCGAAGGCGAGCGCCAAAGCGGAGCUUCUCGAGACUCUAAACCGAGAUCCAUGGGGAGGCCCUACAAGGCGGUCAGGGGCAAACUACGCCCCUGGGCCCCUCCCUUGACGGAGAGUCUCGAGCCUCGGUUGCUGGAGGUUGUUGUUUCUAGCCUGUUCCCGAACAGACCGGAGCACCAGCCCCCAGCAAUGGCACCUCCCCGUCAGCGCGCUGGAUAUGAGGUUGCGGAAGUCGAGGUUCCUCCGGUAACGGAGGCAGAACUAGACGCAGCCGUGUUUAAGCUGAAAGCCAAAAACACGGCACCGGGUCCAGAUGGGAUCCCAGGACGUGUCCUGGCUCUGGCGCUGCGGGCCCUGGGGGAGAGAUUUCGAGGACUACUGGACGCCUGUCUACAGUCCGGCCGAUUUCCGACCAUCUGGAAAACCGGCCGGCUCGUCCUCCUGAAAAAGACGGGCGACCCGCGGAUUCUCCAUCAGCCUACCGUCCGAUCGUGUUGCUCGACGAGGCUGACAAGCUCUUCGAGCGUAUCAUCUGCUGUCGCCUCGUCGAGCACCUCCGGGGAGUGGGACCCGAUUUGUCCGAACACCAGUUUGGAUUCCGAGAGGGCAGGUCGACAUCGGGUCCUACCUUUCGGAGCGGUGUGUGGAGUACCCAGUCCGGGGCGGCGGGCUGACAAGGUGGGAGACAUCGUGCGGUGUUCCACAGGGCUCGGUCUUAGGGCCGCUUCUGUGGAACAUCGGGUACGACUGGGUCCUGCGGGGGAGCUUCUACCGGGAUCAAAUGUGACUUGCUACGCAGACGACACGCUGGUCACAUCCCGGGGAACCUCGUACCGGGAAGCAGCACGCCUUGCCACCGUGACGGUAGCACAGGUGGUGAGGCGCAUAGCGAUGCUGGGUCUGGAGGUGGCGUUGCACAAGUCUGAGGCACUCUGCUUCCACACGGCCCGGAAGGCGCCGCCUGCUGAAGCCAGCAUCGUUGUUGGUGGCACUCGAAUCGAGGUCAAGUCCAACAUGAAAUAUCUUGGACUUGUCCUUGACUCCCGCUGGAACUUCCGCGAGCACUUUGUCCGCCUGACCCCCCGACUCAUGGCAGCAUCGGCCGCACUGAAGCGACUGAUGCCCAACAUUGGUGGGCCGGAGGUUGCGAGCCGCCGUCUUUAUAUGGGGGUGGUGCGAUCGAUGGCCUUGUACGGGGCACCGAUCUGGGCGGAGAACCUGGCGGCCCGAAAUAUCGCCCUGCUGAAGAGGGCUCAGAGGGCGAUGGCGAUCAGCGUCGUACGCGGGUAUCGCACCACCUCAUACGAUGCGGCGUGCUUACUAGCGGGAACGCCUCCUUGGAACCUGAAGGCGGAGGCCCAAGCGUCUCUGUAUGAGUGGCGUAGGGACCUCCGGCUCCAGGAGUACCAUCCUGCGCCCAGAGAAGUAGAGGCACAGAAGCUCCUCGUCCAGCAGUCCAUAGUCCUCCAAUGGGAGGAACAACUGGCUGAACGAGAGGAAGGACACAGGACUGUCGAGGCAAUCCGGCCGGUCUUACAAGACUGGCUGGAGAGAGAAUGGGGCUCAUUAACCUUCCGGCUGGUGCAGGUGCUUACGGGUCAUGGCUGCUUCGGUAGCUACCUGCACCGGUUCGCAAGACGGGAGGUGACAGCCGAGUGCCAUCAGUGCAGAUGCGACGAGGACACAGCGCAGCAUACUCUGGAGGAAUGCCCUGCCUGGGCGGGGCAGCGCCGGGACCUCGUGGCAGUGGUGGGAGACGACCUCUCCCUGCCGGCCGUGGUUAAGGCUAUGGUCGCCAACGAGAGGUCGUGGAAAGCGGUCCUCUUCUUCUGCGAGGAUGUAAUGUCGCAGAAGGAGGCGGCGGAAAGGGAAAGGGAGGCAGACCCAGCUUCGCACCCUAUCCGCCGUAAGCGCACAGGGGCCCGGAGAAGAGCUUAUGCCCACCUCCUCCCCCCCACCUAG